GCGUGGGAGGAGGCGAGCUGGCAGAAGGAGAACUAUGUUACAGCCGAAGAACACUUGGAGGUCAAAGAUUCCUUCGUGACGCUCACGUGGGUACCUAGAGAGGAGAAUGACCUGGCGGACGCCUUGACGAAUCUGAACUUCGACGCAUUCGACAUGAACCUUAGAGAAGCAGUCAGUGAAGAAGACAUGGGAUGGCUGGUCCUAGAUGAGCUGAUGGAGAACAGCCGCGUUCUGUCCGAGGAGAUCAAAGCCCACAAGGAGAUGAAGCGGGCAGAGAAUAGAAAGAAGAAGCACAAAGUUCACAAAUUCUUUGGGAAUUGGGCCUCCUGA